AUGCCCUCGAAGAACUCUGUGAACAGACCGAAGCUUACCGCCAACCUGAGACGCCGCGCGCAGAAACUGGGCCAGAAGAGGGCCAGGAGAACGGCUCAGGGCCAUUUUGCCCUGGGGAGAGAGGACGCUCUGGGUGCCGGGAAGUCUGCUCCAUUGGACGUGUACUUUGGUAGAGUCGGUGUGCAGGGGUCCCAUGCGGAGGGGAGUAAAGACGGGAGGGUCACGUCGAGGACGCUCUCGGGGAAGAGGCUGAGGAAGAUAGAGAGGAAUUUGAGGUACGCGAAGAAGAGACAGGGCAAAGAACAGAAGCAGGCUCCGCCUGCUUCUGCUCCGGCUGGCCCGCUCACUGCGCUUCGUAACGCACUGUGGUCUGUUCUCGGUGACUCCCCCUCCGCUGGUCUGAUCAUCGACACGACGGGCAACGCGGGGACCACUCUCGGUGGAGCGUACUUCCCAUAA